AUGUCAACUAAUCCACCACAACCACCACCAAGUUCAACAAUUGCAUCAAAUCCACCACAACCAAUAGCAACUCCAAUGUCAACUACAAAUCCAUCACAACCAACAAUAACCUCAUCAUCAGCAGCAUCAUCAUCAUCAUCAUCAUCAUCAGGUAAUCCAGUUAAUUUUGAAUCAUAUGCCAGAAGAUGCUUUGAAUUAAAUAAUAAUAAUGAACAAACUCAAUUGUUAGCAUUAGUCACAGAGAUUAGAGAUAAUAUAGAAUUAGUUCAUACUGUUGAAUAUCCAACAUUUUUAAAUUUUUUAUUUCCUGUAUUUUAUAAUAUUUUAAGACAAGGUGCUGUUCAAUUUAAUGAUGGGCCAGAACAAAAGAUUAGAAAUACAAUAUUAGAUAUAUUAAAUAAAUUACCAAAUAAUGAAUUACUUAGACCACAUAUUUUAGUUUUAUUACAAUUAUCAAUGUAUUUAUUAGAGGUUGAUAAUGAAGAGAAUGCAUUGGUUUGUCUAAGAAUUAUUAUAGAACUUCACAAGAAUUAUAGAAAUGCUUUAGAGAGUGAAAUUCAACCAUUUUUAAAUAUAGUUUUAAAAUUAUAUACAGAUUUACCUUCAACAAUUGAAAAAACAUUUUCAUCAUCAUCAUCAGCAUCAUUAUCAACAACCACAACAGCAAUAUCACCUACCACCACCACUACUACUACACCAGCAACGGCAACAACACCAGCAACAACUACAGCAACUGGAAAUACAAUUACAACACCACCACCUGCAACACCACCUUCUACUACAGCAACAGCAAUAUCACCAACAUCAUCAACAACUACAACUACAACUGCAACAACCGCAGCAGCAGCAACAAUAGCAACAACAACAGCAACAACAACAAUAACACCACCAUUACCACCAUAUAUGAUUAAAAGUAUUGAAUCAUUUAAAAUUUUAACAGAAUGUCCAAUAGUGGUUAUAUUAUUAUUUCAAUUAUAUAAUAGUUAUAUGAGUAGUAAUGUUCCAAAAUUUAUACCAUUAAUAAUUGAAACUCUAUCAUUACAAGCACCAGCCAAUUCAACGGUGACACAUCAUUCACAAUAUGUCGAUUUUAUAGCGGCACAAGUUAAAACACUUUAUUUAUUAGCAUACGUUUUGAAAUGGCAUAUAGAACAAAUUAAACAAUACUCUGAUCGUUUCCCAAGAUCAGUGAUUCAAUUGCUUCAAAAUUGUCCAGCACAUUCAUCAGCAAUAAGAAAAGAGUUGUUGGUUACAUUACGUCAUAUUCUAUCAUCAGAUUUUAAAUCGAAAUUCAUAGUUUAUUUAGACCUUUUAUUGGACGAAAAGAUCAUAUUGGGCACAAGUAGAACUUCCUAUGAAUCAUUAAGAUCAAUGGCGUAUGGUUCAUUAGCGGAUUUCAUUCACAAUAUGAGAAAUGAACUAAACAUUAAUCAAAUUUCAAAAGUAGUUGCAAUCUAUAGUAGACAUUUACAUGAUCAAACCAAUCCAGUCUCCAUUCAAAUCAUGUCAGUCAAAUUAAUCAUAUCACUAAUGGAUGUAAUUCAAAGAAAACAAGAUCCACCUGAAUAUAAAUCACGUUCAAUCAUUUAUAAAGUGAUCGAAUCGUUCAUUAAUAAAUUCUCUUCAUUAAAACGUUCAAUUCCAAAAUUAUUAGCUGAUCAACAAAAAGAGAAAGAAAAAGAAUUAAAAGAUCCUCAAUCACUUAAAGAUAAAUUGGAUGGUUUAUCAUCUGCUAAUACAACCACAAGUAGUACUGGUGAAAUUAUAAUUUUAGAUCCUGUAAAAGAUACUAGAACUUUAAUUAAAACAAUGACUUCAAGUCUUAGAAAUAUAUUUUGGUCUUUAAGUGCUUGUCCAAUUAAUAAGCCUGGUACUGGUAUUACCACUGGUGCUGGUGCUACCACCACCACCACCACCAACACUAAUAAUACAAUUAUACCACCAGUUAGAAUUGCAUUACCAUCAAUUGAAGAAAGUUUAUUAUUUAUUAAAUUAUUUAAAAGUACAGUUAAAUGUUUUCCAAUUUAUGGUGGUUGUAACCCAUCACCACAAGAGGAGAAAGAGAUGAUUGAAAAUUUUACAGCAUCUUUCAUGAUGUUAGAUCAACGAACUUUUCAAGAGGUUUCAACAUUUAUUUUACCAUUCCUUUAUCAACGUUCAUUAAAUAAUCCAUCAUUGUUAUUAAUUCCACAAGGUUUCUUAUCAGUAACUCAAAUGAAUCCAACAGGUGUUCAAAUUAAUAGAGUUUUCUUAGAGGUUUUAACUCCUUUCCUAUAUGAAAAAAUUAGAAAUUUACAACCAACUGACAAACCUGAUAUUUGUAUGAUUAAAUUGAUUAAAUUAAUUUUUAAUGCAAUUCAACCAAAUAAUAAUAGUGGUGUUGGUGGUAGUGGUGGUUCAAAUAGUUCAGGUGGUGGUGGUGGUGGUGGUUCAAAUAGUUCAAAUAAUUCAACCAAUUCAAAUACUACUACAAAUAUUGAUUCAACAUGUGUUCAACAGGUUUUAUCAUCAAUGAUUUUAAUAUUAUUAAAAUUAAUUACAGAGAGUAAACAAAUUGAUUCCAUUCAAUAUUUAUUAUUAUUGAAAACCAUUUUUAAGAGUUGCACAAGACCUGAUCAAAGUAAAGAGAUUACACUUUUAUUCCCAAUCAUAUUGGAGACAUUGAAUGAUCUAUUAUUGUCAAGUAGUCAUUCAACUAUGAUACCUGCCGUUCAACAAUUGUUAAUAGAGUUAUCAUUAUCAAUACCAGUUCAAAUUGCAACAUUAUUACCAUCAUUACAUCUAUUGGUUAAACCAUUGAUGUUGGCUUUGGAUUCAAGUUCUUCGGAAUUACUAUCAACUACAUUUAGAAUACUGGAAUUAAUUGUCGAUAAUGCAACUGGUGAUUUCUUAUUAUUCACUUUUCGUGAUAAUAAAUCGGAAUUCUUACAAAUACUAAGCAAACAUUUACGUCCAGCUCCAUAUUUUUAUGGUCCACAUGCAAUUAGAAUAUUAGGUAAAAUGGCAGGUAAAUCAAGAUCAUUUUCAGUUUUAUCACCAAUUUUAUCAAUUGAUUCAACUUCAAAUUCAAGAUCAAUACCAUCUUCAAAUAAAAACAAUAAUAAUAAUAAUUAUUAUUAUAAUGGUAGUUGUAGUAAUAGCGAAAAUUAUUCAAAAGUUUUUAAAUUAUUAUUACCAUGUGAAACUGGUGAUGAUAAAACUAAAUCAAUACCAUUGGAUAAAUCAAUUCAAUCUAUUAAAAAUAUAUUAUUAUAUCAAUUAGAUGAUUCAUACCUUCAAAGUAAUGCUUAUUCUUUAUUAAAGUAUUAUAUAUCUUUAUAUCUUUCAUCACAAGAUUUCUUAAUUAAUCAACAAUCAUUAUUAAAUGAAUUAUUAAAUAAUUUAAAACAAUCAAAUAAUAAUAAUAAUAAUAAUAGUUCAACUGUAAAUUUAAAUAUAAUAGAAUUAGAUAAUGAAAAUGAAAAUGAAAAUGAUAAUAAUAAUAAUAAUAAUAAUAAUAAUAAUAAUAAUAAUAAUAAUAAUAAUAAUAAUAAUAAUAAUAAUAAUAAUAAUAAUAAUAAUAAUAAUAAUAAUAAUAAUAAUAUAAAAACAUUUAAAACAAAAGAAGAAUAUUUAAAUGAAAUUAAAAACUUUAAAGAUUUAGUUUAUUGUCUAUUUUUAUCAAUUACAAAUGAUCAUUUAAAGGAAAAAUUUGAUAGUUUAAAAUUUUUAAAUAACUUUAUUUAUCAUUUUGUUUUAUAUUUAUCAACAUUUAAAUUUAAUUAUUCAAUUAUUUCAAUGAAAGAAUUGGAUCCAAAAAUAUUUUUAGAAGCAUUGGUUGAUGUAAUGUCAAUGUCAUCACAUAAUAUUAUCAAUCAAAGCAAUAUUGAAGAUUUACAAACUAUUUCAACCUCUAAAUUUAAUAAGGCUCAUAUCACUUCCUUAUUAGAUAUGAUCUUUAAUUGUUCAAAUCAAAUUUUUAGUGAAAAUAGUAAUUCAAAGAAGAAUAAUGAAUUAAUGACAUCUUCAACUGAUGUAAAAGAUGGUGAAAAAGUUGAAAUGGAAACCGAAGAUUCAUUAAAGAAAGAUGAGAUGUCAGCAGCAGCAACAUCAGAAAUUAAAAAAGAAACAAAUGUUGUUGUUGAAAAUGAACAAGAUAAAGAUACAGUAUUAAUAUCUCCAAUCUUUAAAUAUUUGGUGAAAUUAUUUAUAAAGUGUUGUUAUGAUAAAGAUUUCUCUGUAAAAGGUGCAGGUUUAAUUGGUAUUGAAUAUAUCAUUGAAAAUGUAAAAUUAUCAUGGAUUCAACCUUUUCAACAUUUAAUAUUAAAGUCAUUAUUAUUUGUUUGUGAAGAUUUAUCAUAUUCUGGCUAUCAACCAACAAUUGAUUAUGCUUCUGAAAUCAUUAUAAAUUUAAUCAAACUUUGUGUACCAAAUUUAAAUAUAGUACCUGAUUCAAUGGAAAUUGAUCAAUCUACAACAACAGCAUCAACCACAGAGACAGCAGCAACAACAACAACUACAGAGACAGCAACACCAAUGGUAACAGAAUCAACAGCAAUCGUAACAGAACCAACAGCAACCACACCAACAGCAACACCAACAUCAACACCAACAUCAACAUCAACACCAACACCAACACCAAUACCAACAGCAACAACAUCUUCAACUACGACAGCACCAACAACAACAACAACAACAACGACAAAUUUAUCAUCAUCUUCAACAAUUAAUCAAAAACCACAUUGUAAAUUGAAUCAAUUAAAAUUAAAAGAUAGAGAAUUAUUAAAAUUAAUAUUAGAAAUUUUAAUGGAACGUAUUACAUCAUGGAGUGGACAUACAAGAUCAUUAGCACAAAGAAUGUUAACUAUGAUAUCAGUAGAGAUAACAAAGAUACCAAUGAGUCAAUUGAUUGAGGAUUUAAAGAUGACAGUUCAAAAGUUAUUACCAAAAACUCCAUUGAAAUCUUUAUCGAUUUCAUUACAAACUGGUGUUAUCGAUGGUUUAACAUUUUGUUUAUCACAAAAACCAUCACCAUUAAUUGAGAUUGGAGCAGAUACAGUCCGAGUAUUACAAGAGUGUUUAAAUGUUGCAGGUGAUGAAAGUAGUCCAACUCAACAAUCACAAAUUAAAUCGAGUUCAGCAAAAUCCAUUUCAGCAACUAAUAAUCUUAGAGUGUGUGGUGUUGAAAUGGUUGCAACCGCAAUGACUUGUCCAGACUUUUUACAAUUUGAAUGUUUGGAGUUCAAGAAUCGUAUCAUUCGUAUGUUUUUCAAGGUUGUGACUGCUCGUAAUAAAGAGAUGGCAAUGGCAGCAAAGAGAGGUUUAGCCAAUUCAAUUCAACAACAACGUCUUCAUAGAGAUCUUUUACAAACAUGUCUUCGUCCAGUUCUAUCGAAUAUAACGGAUCCAAAGAGUUUAAGUGUACCCUUUUUACAAGGUUUAUCAAGAUUAUUAGAAUUGUUAAGCAAUUGUUUCAAUGCUGCAUUGGGUGAGAAACUCUUUGAAUAUUUAAAGAAAUUCGAAGAAGCUGGUAAAUUAUCUUAUCUUGCCAAUAAAUAUAGAGACUCUGAGGAAGUUAAAAUUUGUGCGUCCAUAAUCGAUAUCUUUCAUCUAUUACCACCCGCCGCUAAACUAUUAGACUCAACAAUCAUUUUAACCAUCAGAUUAGAACAAUCACUUUGUAAGGAGGUUACAUCACCAUAUCGUGAACCUUUAAUUCGUUUCCUUGCAAAGUAUCCUCAAAGAACCAUUGAAAUUUUCAUGGGACAAUUACCACAAUUUAAUCUUAUCUUUAGAUUGAUUCUUAAACAUCAACCAUUAUCAAAGCCAAUCGUUGAGGAAUUAGCAAAUACUUAUUCCAUUUGGUUAGAAGCUCAUUUGAAAUCGCCAUCUGCCGAUAUUAGAUUUCACACUCUUUCAAUGGUUAGUAUCAUUAGAAAACAAUUACCAAAUUGGUUACCAGAGAAUAGAAAAGUUUUAGAUAUUCUAAUCGAAUAUUGGAGACCAUUGUCACAUAUGAUACAAUCAGCCAGUAAUCCAUUGGAUAUUUCAAAUCAAACAUUACGUGAAACUAAAAUCAUUGUAAAAUGUUUCUUGCAAUAUUGUAAAGCUCAUUCAGAAGAAACUGACCUCUACUUUUAUAUGUUGAGCGUUUUAACACUAAGAGCAUCAAUGGAUUUCAAUUUCUUACGUGAUUACUACCAACAUGAUUUAGCACCAUCUUCAACCAUUGAACAAAAGAAAAAAAUCAUUCAAACAUUUUUAAUAUUUUUCAAAGACCAAACUAUACCAUCUGAUAAUAAAGUUCAAGCAAUUCAAAAUUUAAUAACUCCAAUUUUAACAAAUUAUUUUCAUCAAACUGAUCGUAAUAGUAGUAGUGGUGGUGGUAUAAUUGAAGAUAGUCUUUUUAUACAAUUAACAAAACAAACUUUAGAAACAGAGGUAAAAGCAUCAUAUGAUGAUACUUUAUUAAUUGAAUUGUUACAAUUGGAAACAUUAUUGGUAAAGAAUUUAUCAAGUGUUUUAGUUGACUGUAGAAAAGAGUUGAUCAAAUUCGCAUGGAAUCAUUUAAAGAAUGAAGAUUUAACAUGUAAACAAUCCGCUUAUAUAUUGGCAUGUGGUUUCAUUGAAGCUUAUGAAACACCUCAUAAAAUUGUUUUACAAGUUUAUGUACCAUUGUUACGUGCCUAUCAACCUGAAUCUAAACAUUUGGUAAAACAAGCAUUGGAUAUUUUAAUGCCUUGUUUUAAAACUCGUUUACCAGGUGGUGAUCCAAAGAAUUCAACAUGGGUUAAAUGGACAAAGAAAAUUAUCGUCGAAGAAGGUCAUACCACUGCUCAAUUGGUUCAUAUCAUCCAAUUGAUUGUACGUCAUCCACAAUUAUUCUAUCCAAGUAGAUCUCAAUUCGUACCACAUAUUAUUUUAUUAUUACCAAAGAUUGCGUUGGGUUCAAAUUUAACAGCAGAAAAUAAGAAACUUUCAAUUGAUAUAGCUGAUACCAUUAUCAUUUGGGAAAAAAUGAGAAUGUCAAAUUUACAACAAUCAAUUAAAACUUCUUCUUCAAGUUUACCAACAACAACAACAACAACAACAAGCUCUAAUAAACCAACAGAUUCAUCAUCAUUACCACCAAAUACACCAAUUGCAGAAGGUUCAAUUACAACACCAAGUCAAGGUGGAGUUGCUACACCAAAUGUUUCAGAUUCAACACCAACUCCUGGUAUUCACCAUGGUGCUACAAACAUUGAUGAUGAAUAUAGACCACCAUUAAGUGCUAUUGAGCAUAUUUCAUUGUUUUUAAUUCGUAUGGCUUCAAAUUGGUAUCAUAUUAACGAAAAAUGUUCAGAGCUUUUAAGACAAACAUUGGUAAUUUGGCCAGAAACUAAUAUUAAAUUUAGUGUUUUCGAGAAACCAAUGAAUACUGAUCAACCACAAAUGAUUUCAACUUGUUUGUCAAUGUUAAAUUUAAUUGCUGAAUAUCAAGUAAACACUUUUAUUCCAAAUAAUGUUGUUGCAUUACAACAAUCUUUACUUCAAGCUUUAAAUAGUGAUAAUGCUAAAAUAUCUUCAUUAUUAGGUUCAUUAUUUAAAAAGAUUUUAGCAGCUUUUCCAUUACCAACUAAUAAUACCACUACAACAACACCAGUAUCAUCGACAACAACAACCGAACAAUCAUCAGAUUCAUCAUCAUUACCACCACCUCCUCCAGUUCAAGUAACAAAACCAAUUCCAAAUGAAAUGGUUUCAUUUUAUACUUUUAUUGGAACCCAAUUUGAAAUGAUUUUAGGCGCAUUCGAUAAGAAUUAUAAUUUAUCAAUUUUAUCAAAUAUUAAAGUAUUUAGUGAUCAUAGUGAGUCAUUCAUUGAUCCAUAUAUUAGUUUAAUUGUAAAGGUUUUGAUUAGAUUAACUAGAAAUUAUUUAUCACAAGAUUCUGAUGGUGGUACUGGUUCAUUGGCAAAUAAACCAUUGUCAUCUAGUGGUUCAACAUCACAAACUGGUGGUGCUUCUCAAACUGCCACCAGUGCAUCUAAUGUAGUUUUAAAGAAAUCAAAUUCAGAGAUUAUUAGUGGUCUUUGUAAAACUUAUGGAUUCUUAAAAACUAAAACAACAAAAUUAAAUUCAGAUCAAAGAAAUGCUUUCAUUCAAUCUUUAUUAGUUUUAAUUGAACGUAGUAACGAUGUUGAACUAUUAUCUGAAAUUAUUAAGGUUGUUGAUUAUUUAAUUUCAAUUUCACCAUCACCAUCACCAUCUACAACUCCAGUAGUCACAGAAACAACUAUUCCAUCCACAACAACAACAACAACUACAGCAGCAACAACAACAACAACUACUACUCCAUCUACAACAACUACAGCAGCAACAACAACCACUGCUCCAACUACAACAGAGACAACAACAACAGCAGCAACAACAACAAUUACACCAUUUUUAACAAUUAAAGAAAAAAUUAACUUUUUAAUUAAAUUGGGUAGAGUUGAUCAAUUAUCAAAUGCAGAAUUAUCAUUAUCAUAUUAUAAAUUAGUAUUAUCAUUUUAUAGUGAAUCAAAUUCAAGUAGUAAACAAGAGUUAUCACAAUUGGAACCAUGCUUUAUGAUGGGAUUACGUAAUACAGUGGAUCAAGGUAUGCGUAAAUCAUUGUUUAAUAUAUUACAUAAAUCAAUUGGUACAACACCAUAUCAAAGAUUAAACUAUAUCAUUGGAGUACAACAAUGGGAUAUCUUGGGUACAACAUAUUGGAUUAAACAUGCUUUAGAUUUAUUAUUAGCAAUUUUACCAAAUGAUAAAUUUGUUAAAAUUUCAAAUUUCUGUUCAAAAUUACCAACUUCUUUGAAAUUUGCUAAUCGUAAUGGAAAUGAUAUCAACCAACAACAACAACAACAACAACAACAACAACAACAACAACAACAACAACAACAACAACAACAACAACAACAACAACAACAACAACAACAACAACAACAACAACAACAACAACAACACCACCAACAAGAACAACCAAUGGAAAUCGAUGAGAAUCUAGUAGUUGAACAAUCAUCAUCGGUGAAUAAAGGUAAUGAAGAAUUUAAAAAAUCAUUAAAAUUACAUACUCAAUGGUUAGAAUCAUUAAAAAAUGAAGAAUCAUUAAAAUUUAGUGAAUUUAAUGAAAAUCUUAGAGAGUUAAUUUUUAUUGAUUCUCAUUUAGUUAAUGAUUUAUGGUGUCAUCUAUUUAGUGAUAUGUGGUCAGAUUUAACAAAAGAAGAACAAUUUAAAUUAUCAAAAUCUUUAACUUUAUUAUUGUCAAAAGAUUAUACAAAGAAAGUACCUUUAGUUAGUAAACCUAUUAUACCACCAACUUCAAUACCAAUUUCAAAACCAAUAAUAACAACAACAACAUCAACAUCUUCAUCAACUUCUACAACAACACCAAUAACAACAAUACCAUUAAUUAAUAAUUCACAAUUAAUAACUAUUGUUACAUUAACACAACAACAAACUAAUCCAAUAAUUGUACCAUCAUUAAGAGAACCAAAUGUUAUUAAAACAUGGAUGGAAACUUUAGGAAUGUGUAAACCAAUACCAAAGGUACCAAUUGAAGUUAUUAGUUUUUUGGGUGAAAAUUAUAAUUGUUGGUAUUAUGCAAUUAGAAUGAUUGAACAACAAUUAAUUGAUAGACAAAAACUUUUAGAUUCAACCGAUAUCAAUUGGGAUUAUCUUUCCUAUCUUUAUGGUGCAAUUGGUGAAAAGGAUUUACUUUAUGGUAUUUAUAGAAAGAGAUAUCAAUGUGAUGAAACUAAACUUGGUCUAUUGUUAGAACAAUUUUAUAUGUUCCAAUCUUCACAAGAGGUAUUUUUAUCGGCAAUGAAUAAAUAUUCAGCGGUAGGAUGUAAACCAACACCACGUAGUGAAAAUCUAUUAUGGGAAGAUCAUUGGUUAGAAUGUGCAAAACGUUUAAAUCAAUGGAAUUUCGUUCACGAAUUUUCAAAAGAAAAGAAUAUGUAUGAUCUUACGAUUGAGUCAGCUUGGAAGAUACCACAAUGGAAUUCAGUGAAAGAGAAUAUGAAGAAAAUGAUGUCACAAGGUGAUACAAGUAUUAGAAAAAUACUUCAAGGUUAUUUCUUAACAAAUGAAAAGAGAUAUCAUGAAGUUGACCCUGCAAUCGUUACCUCUAAUCAAUUGAUUCUCGAUAAAUGGGUAUCAUUACCUGAACGUUCUUUCCGUUCUCAUACUAAUAGUUUGGUGGAAAUGCAACAAGUCGUUGAAUUACAAGAAUCGGUUCAUAUCUUAAAAGAAAUUAGUAACAUCACUCUAUCACAACAACCUGCUGAUUUAAGUCGUUCAUUCUUAACUUCCAAUUAUAUAAAAUCAAUUUUCAAUAUUUGGCGUGAACGUCUACCAAAUAAAGAUGAGGAUCUAUUGAUUUGGUUCGAAUUAAUGGCAUGGAGACAACAAGUAUUCAAUAUCAUUGGUACACCAUCAAUGAAUGGUGGUAUCGGUGCUAAUCCAGUGACACCAACAAAUACCACUACCACAAUCACAAAUCCUGACGGUACAACCACUACAACUACAACUCCAUUACCACCACCACAACAACCAAUCAAUCAAAUUGAAUUUGCUUCACCACGUUAUAUGGUUUUAGAAAUGGCAUGGACAAUGAAUAAAUACUCUCAUAUCGUUAGAAAACAUAACAUCAUAGAGGUUUGUUUAAAUUCUCUAAGUAAAAUGUUUGAUCUUCAAAUUGAACUUCAUGAUAUCUUUUUAAAUCUUAAAGAGCAAAUUAAAUGUUAUCUUCAAUUACCAACUCAUUAUGAUACGGGUAUUUCAAUUAUCAAUAGUACAAACCUCGAUUUCUUCACUCCAAUGCAAAAGGGUGAAUUCCUUCAAUUGAAAGGUGAAUUCUUAAAUAGAUUAGGUCGUUAUGAUGAAGCAAAUCAAUCUUUUGCCUCCUCUGUAAGUCAAUAUGAAAACUCGGCAAAGAAUUGGAUAAGUUGGGCACAUUUCUGCGAUAAUCAAUUCACCAAUCAUAGUAGUAGUUCAAUAACUCCUUCUUCAACUCCUACCACUUAUGAUAUUAAAACUCAAUGGGCUGAAUCUGCAAUUAGUUGUUAUAUUCAAGGCAUUAAAUGUGAUCCAAAAUAUGGUAGUCGUUAUGUUCCAAGAAUAUUCUGGUUACUUUAUCUAAAUGGUUCUGGUGAAGUUCCUCAACAAAUACAAACUCAACAACAACAACAACAAGCAGCUGCUCAAGGUGGCUUACCACCACAACCAAGAAAACUAACACCUGCCCAAUCUGUAUUCCAAUCAUUCUUAAAUUCAUGGACUAUUCUUCCACAAUGGAUUUGGUUAAAUUAUAUGCCUCAAUUGAUUUCAGGUGCUGCUAAUCUUUUAAAUUUCCCAGGUUAUGGUUUCCUUUGUUGGCAAAUGAUUGGUAAAAUUUGUUAUUUAUUCCCAAAUUCUUCAUAUUAUCAUUUUAGAAAAUUAGUUUUGGAAAUGAAAUCAAAUGCUUCUAAAUUUACUACCUCACCACCUACAACAACAACAACAGCAACAACAACAACAACAGCAACAACAACAAUAACAACAGCUACUACAACCUCAACACCAACUCAAAUACAACACCAACUCAAAAUACAACUACACCUAUUAAAGAAGAAUCAUCUACAACUACUGCAACUACAACACCAGCUGUACCAUCAACUUCUACUCCAACUUCUACAUCAGCACCAGCUCCAAUAUCAACAUCUACAAAUACCCCACCAAAUGCUACAACAACAACUCCACAAGCAAAUACAACAUCACCACCACCACCAAGUUCAACAUUCUCACCACUUAAAAUGACAGAAACAUUAUCACUUGGAUUGCAUCAAUAUCAUUCUUGUUUAAUUAAUGAAAUUGAUAUGAUGUUAGGAUCAUUUAGUAUAUUAUCAGGUAGUAUACCAGCAGUUUAUCAAUUUAAUGGCUCAUUAAAUCAAAUUUUAUUAGAAGCAUUCAAAUUGAAUAAGAUUGAAGAUUCAAUAUAUAAUUCCAUUCGUUCAUUAUAUAAACAUUAUUUCGUAAAUGAAAUUAAAUAUCAAAAUAGUAAAGAAUUUUUAGAAGCCUAUAAGAGUGAAUUUAAAGUUGAUUUCAUUGAAUUCAAUUUAGAUGAUAUUGUAUCUGAUACAAUUAAAAAAGAAUCUGAUCAAGAAACUAAUGUUGUUGAAGGAACUACAAAUGUCUCAAAAGAAUUAGAAACGACAUCAGAAAAACAACAACAACAACAACAACAACUUCCAACAAUUUCAAUUUUAUUAUUAAUUGAAAAAUUAAUUAAAUGGAUAGAUAGAAAACCAGAUAAUUCAUUAAUAACAGUUGUUAAUACUGAUCAAUCAACAAAUUAUUAUGGUAUUGAUACAAUGAUAUGUUUAGAAUCAAUUUGUCCACAAUUAGUAAAUUUCAAACCAUCAAUUUUAGAGAUACCAGGUCAAUAUAAUACAAAUCGUGAUCCAAAUAUUGAAAAUAAUGUUAAAGUUGAAAAGGUUGGAAUGUUUGCAAAAUUAAUUAAACAUUCAAAUGGUAUGGUAUGUCCAAGAAUUACAUUAUAUGGUGGAAAUGGUAAAGCUUAUCAAUUUUUAAUUGAAAGUUCACCUUCAUUAAUUAAUGGCAUCACCAAUAGUAAUAACAACAAUGUAGCACGUGUUUAUGAAAGAAAGAAUCAAUUGCUAGGUUCAAUUAAUUCAAUGUUGAUAAAGAAUCGUGAAACUAGAAGAAGAGGUCUUACACUUAAUUCUUAUCCAACCGUUGUACCAAUUAAAAAUUCAUUGACAAUGAUUCAAAAUAUUGGUAAUGAUUCAAUUAAACAAUUGGCUGAAGUUUGGUAUACUCAUUCAAAUCAAUCAAAUCUAUUUAAACCAAUGUUAAAAUAUAAAGAAAUGUUAUUAAAUUCAAAUCUUCAUACUGAAUUAUUGUCAAAGAAAGAUCAAGAUGGUGAUUUAGAAUUUACAAAUAUUACAGAGGAUAAUAAUAUUAGUAGCAGCAGCAGCAGCAGUAGUAGUAGUGGUAGUAAUAGUGGAGAAAAUUCACCAAUUAUAGAUUCUAGUAAAUUAGUAGUGUUUAGAGAAAUGUCAAAAGAGAUUGGUGAUGAAUUAAUGAUCAAUUAUAUUCAAUCAACAUUAUUACCAACCAAUUAUCAAGAUCAAUAUGAAUUUAAAUUAAACUUUUCAAAUCAAUUUGGUUUACAUUCAUUAUUGCAAUACAUUCUAUUCUCAGAUAUUGGUGAUAUUGAUCCAUCAAAGAUUUAUUUAACAAAAUCUACAGGUUCAGUGUAUUAUAAUGAUUGGUCAUUAAAAUUAACAAAUCGUAAAUUAGGUUUUGAUUUACUUCAAGAUAAUCCAUACAAUCAACAACAACUAUUAAGACUAUCACCAAAUAUUAGAAAUUAUUUAGGUCCUUUAUAUUUAGAAGGUAGUUAUCUUUCUUCAAUGAUUUCAACUUGUAUUUGUUUAUCAGAUUUAAAGGAUCAAUUGGUUAAUUCAAUCAAUUUAUUCAUUUUCGAUGAAUAUAUGUGUAUGAAUAAUGUUGAACCAUUACAACAGAGUGAACAAAAUAAAGAUAGAAACAUUCACUAUGAAUUCAUUGAUAAAACUACCGCCACUGUUCAUCAAAUGCUUGAAAAUAGAAUUGAUUCUUUAACUCCUUCCUCUCAACCUGAUAAAACCUGUUUUAUCUCUCCAAUAGUUAAAAAAGUAAAUCAAUUAAUUCAAAAUUCUUUAUCUUCAAAUAUUUCUCAAUUGGACCAAUUAUCUUGUCCAUGGCUUUAA